CUGAACACAGCAACGACAGUUGGAUCACUGUGCAUGGAAGAUGUCAUAUCACAUGAGCGAGAGCGCGCUUUCGCGCGCCGAGCCAUCACCACGGCCGACCUGGCGAAGUGGUCAGGCAUCACCUUUGAGAGCGCUGGUCGCUUGGAGGACAUGCCCGUCUUUAUUCCGGGCCUAACAGAAGGGGAAAGUAAAUCCCUGAAGUUCAGACAUCUUGCAUUUUCCGAUUCUCGCAGUCCUUCCGAAGAGUGCCGCCGCUUCGCCCUGUCGAACGACGGCAAGUUCCUUGCGGCAUCGUUCUGGAAUAGCGAGGCCCUCGUGUGGCGACUUUCGGACGGUCUCUUGGUUCAACGCCUACAACAUCAAGGCCAUACAGGCGAUGUUAGGUCCUUGUCAUUUUCUCCCGAUAAUCACACCCUUGUCUCGGGAUCUGAUGACGGAAGCGCAAUCGUCUGGGACAUUCGGAACGGCCGUGUUCUUCUACGUCUGGAAGGACAGGGCAAGUCAGUACGCCGGGUCGCAUAUGCUCCCCAUGGCACACUCAUCGCUACCGCAUCAACACAAAUUGGAUCCGGCAACAACAGAUCUGUGAAGAUUUGGGACACUUCGACUGGGGCAUGUCUGCAUUCCUUCAGCUAUGAUGAAGAAAUAGAGACGCUCGCCUUCUCCUCGGACGGCGCCCGUCUCUGCAUCGAGCUGGAGAAGCAUUGCCUCCUCUACGAUAUCCAGACAUAUGCACUCAUCGCUACGCUGCAGCAUGACGCAGGGAAGACGCUCACCUGGUCAAUGGCUCACGAAGGAGAUCGUAUAGCAACCGCAUCGGACGGCCGAGUGGCAAUCUGGAGUGGGGUGACUGGCGACAAGAUUCUCGCAAUAGAACACCCGCAAGAGCUCUCGAGGCCCGUGACCUUCUCUCCAGAUGGCACCGAGGUACUUGCGGGCUGUCUCGCAGACAAGACUGCGGUCACCUUCGACUCGCGGACAGGCCAGCUACGUCACACUUUCCAGCUAUCAGAUGGCGCAUACCGUGUGGCAUACUCUCCAGAUGGAGAAUACGUUGUUCUCGGCGAUGAUAAUGAUGAUAGCGGUGAGCUACAAAUAUUUGAUGCGAAGUCUGGAUCAUUUCUAGCAAAGCUUGAGGCUGAGGGCAAACUCUUUCGUGUCGAAUUUGUACCUGACAGCCAUCACCUUCUGAUAGAUUUUCGAUACCAACCUCUUAGGCUGUGUGAUGUCCAGGAUAUAAUGCGCAUGCGAUAGUAUAGCGUUCACCAGCUGUUUCAAUGUACCAUAUGAAUAAACAUAUUUGCAGAAAAUCUAGUCCA